CCAGGCGUCGGGGUUUUAUUUUGUAGGCCCCAUCCGGCGGUGAGCGGAAGUGUUGUGUCUACUGUGAGAACUUGACGCGCGCUGUUCUGAUUGGAGGAUUACGUUUGUGCUGAAGUGCGACCAAUCAGUGAAGAGAUGGCAGGUAUAAAUCCCCGACGCUCCUGUUUUGACGCAUCCUUUCCUCCUGUUUGGUGAGGGCGAAGGUGUAUUUGAUCGAAACAAGAUGUCUGGACGCGGAAAGACCGGUGGCAAGGCCAGAGCUAAGGCCAAGACCCGCUCGUCCCGUGCGGGGCUCCAGUUCCCCGUGGGCCGUGUUCACAGGCUGCUGCGCAAGGGGAACUACGCCGAGCGCGUCGGUGCCGGAGCUCCGGUGUACCUGGCUGCGGUUCUGGAGUACCUGACCGCUGAGAUCCUGGAGCUGGCCGGGAACGCCGCCCGCGACAACAAGAAGACCAGGAUCAUCCCCCGCCACCUGCAGCUGGCCGUGCGCAACGACGAGGAGCUCAACAAGCUGCUGGGCGGCGUGACCAUCGCUCAGGGAGGCGUCCUCCCCAACAUCCAGGCUGUCCUGCUGCCCAAGAAGACCGAGAAGCCGGCCAAGGCCAAGUAAACGUCCGCAGCCCGAGCGACAACCCAACGGCUCUUUUAAGAGCCACC